AUGGCCGAUUUCCAGACCUCGACUCACCAAGCCAAGUGGAUCUUCAAGCCUGAAGAACUGGUCGGUAAAUACAAGGCUGCUAAUCAAAGAGCAAUACAAACAUUGGAGAAGGUGUGUACAGAGUCUUGCUUCAUUAGUCAUUGCAAACUAGCUGAUGAUGUGUUAAUUAGGGCAAUGUCUCUAACUGGUUAUUUAAGGUUAACUGUGUACCUUUUCUACUACUUCUUAGCUGACAAGCAUUCUCGUCCAAAACCCAUUAGCAUUGAAGAGGAGCAGUUUAUGCGGGUAUUUUAUGAAAAUAAACUUCAAGAAGUGUGCAAAAACUUUCACUUCCCUCAUAAAGUGCAGGCAACAGCUCUUAUAUAUUUCAAAAGGUUUUAUCUACAAUGGUCGGUGAUGCAACAUCAUCCAAAAAAUAUAAUGUUAACCUGUAUAUAUGAAGCUUGUAAAAUAGAAGAAAACCACGUAUUAGCAGAGGAGCUUGGUAAGGGGAUCUCACAGGAUCAUCAAAUGAUACUCAAUAAUGAGAUGAUAGUUUAUCAGAGUUUGGAAUUUGAUCUUAUUGUUUAUGCACCAUAUCGCUCAAUUGAAGGUUUUAUCGAUGAUAUGGGGGAAUUCUGUGGAAUAAACGAUGAUCGACUCCAAAUUCUGCAGUUGCUUCAUGCUGCAAAGAUGGAAGUGGAUAAAAUCAUGCUUACGGAUGCACCACUUCUAUUCCCUCCUGGGCAGGUAUGGUUUGCCAUUCAAGCUUCUAGCCGUUCAAGCUCAGAAUUUGGUCAUUAA